AUGGCGACAGAAAACGGAGCAGUCGAGAUGGGAAUCCAGAGCUCAUCAACAGAGAAGGAACCUGUCCCCCCAGAUCCAGAGAAGGAACCUGCCCCCCCAGAUCCAAAGAAAGAAUCUAGCCCCUCAGACCCAAAGAAGGAAUCUGGCCCCCCCACCAUGAAGGAAGGUGCCCCAGAGAAAGGGGAAGGUGGCCUGGCCGAGCCCGCAGCUUCCAGCCAGGGCCCUGAGGGAGAAGGCGCCGUGGGCAGCGUUGGGCAGCCGGCAGCCCUGCCCCAGCAGACCCGGACGGCUGAGGCCAGCGUCGAGAAGCCCAGCGACGGCGACAACCAGGAGUUCUCGAGCAGCCAGGAUCCUGGAGAGUCCAAGGAGCAAAAGAAGGUCGUGGAGAGUCAUGCAGUGGCCAGGAGGGGCUCACCAGCCUUCCUGCAUUGCCCCAGCUGCCCUGCUGCCAUCCCCAGCCCAGAGAAGCCGCUGGCUGAGAAGCCCCCAAACGAGACCUUGGAGCUCAUCUUUGAAGGGGUGCCCGUGAGCCCCAGCCCCCCAGAUCCCGUGCCAGCCAAAGCAGCAGAAGGAGGGGAAAACGUCCCGCGAGGCAGCCAGCAGGAAGCCGGAGAGAAGGCCUCGGGCCGGGCUGAGGUGGAAGGGGACACCUCGAGGGGGAUGGAGUUCCAGGCUGUGCCCCCCGCGGCGAGAUGGGAGGUGGGGCAGCCCCUCAGCCUCACCGCCAGGGAGGAGGACUGCUUCCAGAUCUUGGACGAUUGCCCGCCUCCCCCGGCCCCCUUCCCCCACCGCAUUGUGGAGCUGAGGACCGGGAACGUCAACAGCCAGUUCAGCAUGAACUCCAAGGAGACUCUGGGAGGCGGGAAGUUCGGAGCCGUCUGUACCUGUACAGAGAAAGCCACUGGCCUCAAGCUGGCAGCCAAGGUCAUCAAGAAACAGACGCCCAAAGACAAGGAAAUGGUGAUGCUCGAGAUCGAGGUUAUGAACCAGCUCAACCACCGCAACCUGAUCCAGCUCUACGCAGCCAUCGAGACCCCCCACGACAUCAUCCUGUUCUUGGAGUACAUCGAGGGCGGAGAGCUCUUCGAGAGGAUCGUGGACGAGGACUACCAGCUGACUGAGGUGGACACCAUGGUGUUUGUCCGGCAGAUCUGCGACGGGAUCCUCUUCAUGCACGAGAUGCAGGUUCUGCACCUGGACCUCAAGCCAGAGAACAUCCUGUGUGUCAACAACACCGGCCACUUGGUGAAGAUCAUUGACUUCGGCCUGGCACGGAGGUACAACCCCAAUGAGAAGCUGAAGGUGAACUUUGGGACCCCGGAGUUCCUGUCCCCCGAGGUGGUGAAUUACGACCAAAUCUCCGACAAGACGGACAUGUGGAGUAUGGGGGUCAUCACCUACAUGCUGCUGAGCGGCCUCUCCCCCUUCCUGGGAGACGAUGACACAGAGACCCUGAACAACGUCCUGGCUGCCAACUGGUACUUCGACGAGGAGACCUUCGAGGCUGUGUCCGAUGAGGCCAAAGACUUCGUCUCCCACCUCAUCGUCAAGGACCAGGGGGCCCGCAUGAGCGCUGCCCAGUGCCUCGCCCACCCCUGGCUCAACAACCUGGCCGAGAAAGCCAAGCGCUGCAACCGACGCCUCAAGUCCCAGAUCUUGCUUAAGAAAUACCUCAUGAAGAGACGCUGGAAGAAAAACUUCAUCGCUGUCAGCGCUGCCAACCGCUUCAAGAAGAUCAGCAGCUCAGGGGCACUGAUGGCGCUGGGGGUCUGA